GUUCCCCUGGCGAGGCGGGGUGGGCUCGGUUCUCUUCCCGGGGAGCCCGGUGCCCGCUGACCAUGUGUGCCCACGGGAGGGGAGGCCAGCUCGGCCCCAGGGAGCUUCAGCGGUUCAUGUGCCUUUCCCGGGCCUGUCCCGCAGCAGCCUUUGCCCUCUUGGCUGCCGCUGUCGGAGCAGCCGUUCGCCGCUGCUGGCGGUGCGACGACCCUCGGGGGGCUCUGUCUGCGCGGCCGGGUAGCCGCAAUCAGCCCAUUGGAAAGAGCCAGAGCUGCCUUUGAGCUUCUGCGAUACUUCGCCUAUCUCCGUGUCCCUGGGAGAAAAUGAAGAGGGUGUCGGUUCUGUGCUGAGGCCGGGGGCUGGGCAAACGGGCAGUGCUCAGGGCUGGGUCAGGCGCCAAGCGAGUGCGGGUUUCCCAGAGCAGAGUCCUGAGGGAGGGUUUCGGGUCUCGGGCAGGACUUGUUUGGUCAGGGUUAUCUGCGACUUUCCUUGCGACCUGUAAAAAAGGCAGAGCUAAAAGCUGAAGCUGUAACACACCCAUGAGUGCGUAGUGCUGGUCGUGUGCACCGAUGGCCUCUGUGCCAGUGAUUCCAGACUCGUACAACCAUGUGUUGGCAGAGUUUGAAUGUCUGGAUCCGUUACUUUCUGCACUCAGGCUGGAUUCUAGUAGGCUGAAGUGCACAUGUAUUGAUGUGUCAAAGAGAUGGCUGGCUCUAGGCAGUUCAGGAGGAGGACUGAACCUUAUACAGAAAGAUGGUUGGAAGCAAAGACUCUUUCUUGCCCAUAAGGAAGGUGCCAUUUCCCGGGUUGCCUGUUGUUUGCAUGAUGAGGACUAUGUUGCUGUUGCCACCAGCCAAGGUCUUGUAGUAGUCUGGGAGCUGAAUCAAGAACGUCGUGGGAAGCCAGAACGGAUCUACGUUUCCUCUGAGCAUAAAGGCAGAAAAGUCACAGCUCUCUGUUGGGAUACAGCUACCCUUCGUGUUUUUGUAGGAGAUCACGUGGGAAAAGUAUCAGCCAUCAAGAUUAACACGUCAAAGCAAGGGAAGGCUGCUGCUACUUUUGUGAUGUUUCCUGUUCAGAUUAUAACCACCGUAGAUUCUCGGGUUGUUCAGCUUGAUUAUUUGGAUGGCAGACUACUCAUAUCUUCACUUACACGCACUUACUUGUGUGAUACUGAAAGAGAGAAGUUCUGGAAAAUUGGUAAUAAAGAGAGAGAUGGAGAAUUUGGAGCAUGUUUUUUCCCUGUUGGAAGAAACAGUGGGAAUCAACAGCCUCUAAUAUAUUGUGCUCGACCUGGCUCAAGGAUGUGGGAGGUGAAUUUUGAUGGGGAAGUGCAGAGCACACAUCAGUUCAAGCAGCUGCUGUCAUCACCACCUCUCCCUGUUGUUACUCUCAGGCUGGAUCCUCAUUAUACUAGUUCCAGCUGUCCUCCACAAUCUUUAUCUUUCCCCAAGCUCCUUUAUUUGACUGAGCACUGUGUGAUGACCUGGACAGAAAGAGGCAUUUAUAUUUUUCUUCCCCAAAGUGUUCAAGUCUUACUCUGGAGUGAGGUAAAAGAUAUUCAGGAUAUUGCAGUUUACAAAAGUGAGCUGUUCUGUCUGCAUACAAAUGGAAAAGUUGUGCACCUCUCCCUUCUGCUGGUAGACCGCUGCAUAGAGCGUCUGAUGAGAAGAGGGUUCUGGACCCUUGCUGCCAGAGUCUGUUGCCUCUUCCAAAAUUCAAUUAUUUCUUGCAGGGCAAGAAAAAAUUUGCCUCUAGACAAGCUGGAGCACCUGAAGUCUCAGCUGGAUGCUUUGACCCAACAAAAUCUCAUUAUGCAACUAGAAGAACUGGUUUCAAAGUUGGAACCUCUAGAUUCUGCGUGCAGCAGCAGAAGGAGCAGUAUUUCAUCUCAUGAGAGCUUCAGUGUCUUAGACUCUGGAAUAUACCGUGUUAUCAGUCGAAGAGGCAGUCAGUCUGAUGAAGAUUCGUGUUCUCUCCACAGUCAAACAUUCUCAGAAGAUGAGAGACUUAAAGAAUUUCCUGCACACCAGGAGGAUGAGCAAGUAGAACUUGACAACGUAUCUCAUGCAUCUGUGACGGUUGAGGCUGACCGGAAUGAGACAUUUCUCCCAUUCAGUAUUCCUUUGUCAUUUCGUUCCCCAUCUCCUCUCGUCUCUCUCCAAGCUGUCAAAGAAAGUGUUUCCAGCUUUGUACGCAAAACUACUGAGAAGAUUGGCACGCUUCAUAUAAGCCCUGAUACAAGAGGGAGGCAAGAAGCCAAGGAUGAUGAGCAACAGCAGGACCUGACUGUUAAUCUGGUAGUGUCUCCCCAGGAAGAGAAAGAGUUAGAACCAGUACAGAGCUGCCAGUUGACAGAGGAAGACCAUCUAAGAGAUCUCAAGGCUGCAACAGCAGAAGCUAUGGCCAAACUCCAGGAUCCGUUGGUUUUGUUAGAACCACAGAAUAUGAGAGGAAUUUUACAGGAAUGGCUUGUCUAUCUAGAAGAGAAGUUCAGCAGCAAAGGAUGUUCUGCUUCCUCUGUUAAGAAAAGCAAGACAAUGUGUGGUGAAGAACAGGCAGUCCUGGAGGAAAACCUACAACUGGAUCCAACCAGUGGAGACCCAGUAGACAAAGAACAGAAUAGCAUCUUGGAAGACUGCACUGAGAAGGAAAAUAGUGAUGACACCUGUGUAAGCAAAACCAUGUGCGAAAAUGGUACUGAUUUGAAGGGACCUUUGGACUGUGGCUUUCAAGUGUCUCCUCCGUGUGUCAUAGAACCAGACAUUUGGAAAGAUCUCGUUGAGUUGACAACACUGUGUUUUGAGCUGCGUGUAUUUUCUGGUGUAAAGGGUGACGCUGAGGAAAGCUCUAAUGGAAGUCUGCCAUUAGCAGCCUCAUGGACCUUGGCUUGUAGGUUCAUGCAAAGCUACUUCUUUCUUUUGGAUUUAAAAAGACUAAAGCAGUGUAUUAUAACCAUGUAUGCAGCCAGUCCUAAUGUAUGGGAAACAUACAUCGCAGGAUUGAAAGAGCUCACUUGUCACAGUCCAGUGGCUUUAGCAAUGGAAAAUGAAGAUAUGUUGAAAAUACUGAAACAGCUGCAUGACCUGGGACCUUGGGACGAUAGUCCACUGCUGCUGGUACAUGCUCAAAGGCUUUAUGAAAAAUUUGGGGAAACGGCUCUCCGGCCCUUGAUCAAGUUCCACCCCUCUAUUUUGCCUUCUGAUAUCAAACAACUUUGCAGGAAUGAUCCAGCUCACUUCUUAGCAUAUUUAGAUAGUCUGGUGAAAUCGAAGCCAGAGGAUAAAAGGUCAGCUCUCCUCAGAUCUCUUCUGCAGCCUGAAUCUGUACGACUAGAUUGGUUGUGUUUGGCUGUUUCUCGUGAUGCACCACAAAGAGCAAAUACUGUGGAUACAGAAGGAAAUCCCAGGCCACGAUCCCAUUUGUUUACUUGGGGCUACAGCCAGCUGAUUCUGCUUUUGAUUAAACUCCCAGCUGAUUUUGUUACAAAAGAGAAGAUGGCUGACAUCUGUAAAUCACAUGGAUUUUGGCCUGGAUAUCUUUUUCUCUGUCUGGAGCUGGAUAGAAGACUAGAAGCCUUUACUAAUAUUGCUCACUUGGAUGAUUUGAACCUAUUGAAUGGAGAAGAUGGUUCCAUUCCAGAGACCAUAGAAGAAUGGAAGUUUCUUCUGCAUCUUGCACAGAAUCACAGCACAGCUUUGCACCAUGGCCCGCAGAACGGGAAUGCUGUCAGCAAUGGCAGCCUGAGCUGCCCAGACUGCAUCACUGUGGAGAAUGUCGCUCUCCUACUGGCAAAGGCCAUUGGCCCAAAUCGUGCCUUGCCUCUCUUGCAGGAGUGUGGCUUGACACUAGAAUUGUCUGAGAGAUUUACUGGUGUCUGUGAGAUACUGAGAAUUGCUGAGAAAAGACAAAGAGCGCUGAUUCAGUCCAUGUUGGAAAGGUGUGACCGGUUUUUGUGGUCUCAGCAAGCAUAGAAAACAACUUGGAAAACUUUGGGAACAUUUUUUACUGUAAUGAUUGUAUAUUAAAGUGCGUCUUAAAAUGUACAGGCUCUUAAAGAAAUGAGCUCCUGUCUAAAAGUUCAGUUAUGUUGAGCCGGCCUCCAUCUGGCAGGUGUCUGACUGGGAACUGUUGACAGUUCUCCCUUAUUCCUUGUGGAGUUUUAAACUGUAGAAUUUCAAUCAGAACAAUUCAGUAUUUAUCUUGAAGUUAAGCUCAGAGAUUUCAGAGAUGAAAAUUCCUGAACUCAUUUUCCAUAUGUAUGUGGUUUAAGCGUUUAAGGUAUCAGCCCUAAGUCGUAAAUGAUGUUGUACAACAUAUUUUUUUUUUGCAAACAAAAGAGAAGCCAUUCCUUGGACAUGUGUAAGUCCUUAUUUGUUUAAUUUUCCUACAAGUGAUGUUGACUUCUUCAGGUUACUGUAGAAGACCUUGUUAUGAUACUUUUUUUUCCCCCUCUUAAAUGAUAUGGACUAAUCUUCUCCUUUUGAAAUUCCUUAAUUCUUAAAAUGGGAGGGAAAUGUUUUUCAGGAGUUGUUUAAUAAAUGGAGUGAUUAAGAAUGCUGUUAACAGAAGAGCUUGUUAAAUGAACUCACCCUUAAACUAUAAGCAUAUUUCUAAAUUGCCUGUAUCCCUCUGUGCAACAUGACUAGAGACAUCAGUUGUGAUAUUUCAACAAACCUUAGGACAGUGGAAUUUGAAUCACAAAGUCAUUUAGGUUGUAAAAGACCCUUGAGUCCCAGCUGUUAACCCCGCACUGCCAUGUCCAGCACUAGCCAUGUCCCUCAGUGCCACAUCUACACAUUUACCUCCAGGGAUGGUGACUCUACCACUUCCUUGGGCAGCCUGUUCCAAUAUUUGGUAACCCUUUCAGUGAAGAAGUUUUUCCUAAUAUUGAACCUAAUCCUCCCCGGUAUAAUUUGAGGAUAUUUCCUCUCAUGCUAUUGCAUGUUACUUGAGACCAACCCCCACCUCACUACAGCUUCCUUUCAGGUAGUGGUAGAGAGUGAUCAUGUCUUCUCUCAGCCUCCUCUUCUCCAGACUAAAUACUCCCAGCUCCCUGAGCUGUUCCUCAUCAGACUUGGGCUCCAGACCCUUCACCAGCUUCAUUGCUUGUCUCUCGACAUGCUCCACCACCUCAGUGUCUUGUACUGACAGGUCCAAAACUGAACACAGCGCUCAAGGUGCAGCCUCACCAGCACUGACUACAGGAGCACGAUCACUGCCCUGGUCCUGUGGGCCAUGCUCUUCCUGAUGCAAGCCAGGAGGCCAAUGGCUGCCUUGGCCACCUGGGCUCACUGUUGCCAGCUCUUGCCCAAUACCCCCCCAGUCCUUUUCCUCCAGCCAGCUUUCCAGCCACUCUGCCUCAAGCCUGUAGCAUUGUAUGGGGUUGUUGUAGCCCAAGCACAGGCCCUGAUACUUGGCUUUGUUGAAUCUCAUGCAGUUUGCCUCAGCCCAUCGCUUCAGCCUGUCCAGAUCAUUUUUCAGAGCCUUCAUGUCCUCCAGCAGAUCAAAACUUCAUAGAUAAUUCUUUGAUAAUCUAUGAAAACUUCUGCACAACCUGGUGUCAUCAGCAAAUUUAGAGUGCACUUAAUCUGCUCAUACAGUCCAUUGAUAAAGAUGUUUAACAGAACAGGCCCCAGCACUGAGUCCUGGCGAACACCACUGAUGACGAGCUGCCGACUGCUGUUGUAUUUAACUGUGAAUGUAGUACUGCUCUAGUUGAGUGCUUGUGUUGUCUUCCUCAGAGGGAGAUGGCUUAUCUCUGUAUGGAACAGUUCCACUUCAUUUGCUCUGUGUAUUUUCCAUACACAGCAGUUUCUUUGUUACUUCUACAAGGGUUUUGUACAUUUGGUUACCUUUGAGUGAGAGCUGGGGCUGUUUGAUUUUUUUUAACAAUAAAUCAUAACUUUCCAUUCAGAACUUUUAUAAAAAUUUUGUGUCAUAACGUUCUUAUAGCUAAUGGGGGAAGCAUUUGUUCAAAUUUAAUGUCUGGGGUGAGCUGCUGUUGAUGAUUUCCACUAACUUGGCUGACAAAGAGUAAGAACUCUGAAGAAGUAGGAAAAUCACUAUUUCCUGUUCUUGAUAUGUAUGUUUUCAUGUCAUAGGGAUAAGGUGAAGGGACUGUGAAAUGAAAUGGUCUUCUGUUUAGAAGUUACAGAUGCACAGAGGAAUGCCUUCACUCUAAAGCUACAGCCCUUACCUCUUGUCAACCUGCUGAACACUCACCACUGAUAGUUUAAGCCAGCCUGUACUGGAGCAGGUGACCUGCAGCUCAUCUUGGUUUUGGCAACUGCCUGUGUGGAGGACACCCUUGAAAAACAGAGAGGAAUAAAGGGGCCUUUGCCCAGAGCAACUUUUAAUAGAA